CCCUCACUCUCCUGUUUGCUUUUUUUUUUUUUUUAAAUAUCUGUUAAGGAGGGACAAAUUCUCGUGCAUAAUUCCCAGCAUAGCCAUACCCAGCAUCCACCUGAGCAGAGGUCUCAUCAGACGGAAAGACUGAAGAAGACCUGUGUGGUGUUGGAAGAGACUGUGUUACUACACCUCUGGAGCAGCAGUGCUGCAUAUUGCUAUUACAGUGGCGAGAAAAGGGAAACUGACAGAGGAAGACAGAGUGAUUGGGUCUCGGGGUUCAUCCUGCAGAAAGACAAUGAUCCAGAGCAUUUCAAGAAAAGCAACUAGACGGCGGCUUCGCGUGAUUCGAAGACCGGCACAGUCCCCAGAACCUAAAAUCCCACGGAGCUGGUUUGGGAAAAACUCGACGGGAGGUGAACGCACGGCGGCCCCUGUAAAUGCAACACGCUUGUGGGAACUUCCGCGACAGCGUCGGGAUGAACUUUCCAUGCAACCCAACACUGAGAACCACAGGUAUGAUGACAGACAGUCGCGGCCAGCGCGUUGGUACACGGCCCGACCAGAAAGCAUGGGGCUCAGGCUCAGUGGCAAGGGACCACAGAGCCACAGGAUGGUGAUCUUCCUGGCCAUCUUCAUCUUGAUGACACUCCUCUUCCUGUACGGCUCCAACAAUGGCAACAGUUCCGUCGUCUACACUCCCUUCCAUGUGGCUACAAACCACGGUCUCAAGACCACGGACUUGAAGAAGUGGGCUGGGAAAGACGGUUAUGUGCCAUUUUAUGGGAACAAGAGUAUGACCCUGCACUGUCACAGCUGUGCGCUGGUGACGAGUUCCAGCCAUGUCCUGGGGAGUCAAGCAGGGGAAGAGAUCGACCGUGCGGAGUGUGUGAUUCGUAUGAAUGACGCCCCCACGUUGGGGUACGAGAAUGAUGUCGGGAACCGGACUUCUCUGAGGGUCGUAGCCCACUCCAGCGUGUUCAGGGUGGUCCGAAGGCCUAAUGAGUUCUUACACCGCACAGACAAAAACCCUGUGAUCAUUUUCUGGGGACCCCCGAACAAGAUUGGGAAGGAUGCCAAAGGAACUCUGUAUAGACUGAUCCAGAGAGUCAGCAUGACCUACAGUAACUUGUCAUGUUUUAGUAUCACACCAAGCAAGAUGCACAGGUUUGACAGUCUCUUCCACAAGGAGACAGGACGAGACAGACAAAAAUCUCACUCAUGGUUGAGUACGGGCUGGUUCACGAUGGUCAUAGCUAUUGAGAUAUGUGAUAACAUCAAGGUGUAUGGGAUGGUUCCACCCAAUCACUGCAUAAGAAAACCUGGAUCCAAGAAGAUGCCCUAUCACUACUACAAACCCAGGGGGCCUGAUGAAUGUGUAACAUACCUACAGAACGAGAGCGGCCGAAGAGGAAACCACCAUCGCUUCAUUACGGAGAAACAGGUGUUCGCACGCUGGGCAAAGCAGUACAACAUCACCUUCACUCAUCCCACAUGGUGAAAAGACUGAAAACCACAAAGAGAUCUCCCUGCUCUCACAGAGACCCGAACGAGGACCACGGGCUGGAAUUCAUUGUUAACUUCCCCAACCGAGCCUUCAAAUAGCCACAUGAUGAAUGACAGCCUUCGGGAAAAAAAAAAAAAA